AUGCCGAGCGACAUAAAGCUUUGGCCUUUUAAGGUUAUUGUUGGUCCUGAUGAUAAACCCAUUAUUGUCGUUACAUACAAGGGUGAAGAGAAACAAUUAGCUGCUCAGGAUAUUUCUUCUAUGGUCUUAAUUAAAAUGUGCGACAUUGCUGAGGCUUAUCUUGGAUUAACAGAUACGAUCGUUCUUGCUUAUUUCAAUGACUCUCAGCGUCAAGCGACCAAGGAUCCUGGGGUUAUUGCCGGCCUUAACGUUAUGUGUAUUAUUAAUGAGCCAAUUGCUUAUGGUCUUGAUAAGAAGACAAGCAGCGACGGUGAGAAGAAUGUAUUAAUCUUUGAUUUGGGCGGUGGUACAUUCGAUGUCUCAUUGCUUACUAUCGAAGGGUUCAAGGCCACAACUGGUGAUACGCAUCUUGGUGGUGAGGAUUUUGAUAACAGAAUGGUUAAUCACUUUGUCCAAGAGUUUAAGAGGAAGCACAAGAAGGAUAUCUCUGAAAAACCUAGAGCUCUUAAGCGAUCGUGAACUGCAUGUGAAAGGGCUAAAAGGACUCUCUCAAUUACUGCUCAGACAACCAUUGAGAUUGAUUCUUGGUACGAGGGUUUAGAUUCUUAUACAACCAUUACCCGUUCUAGAUUCGAGGAGCUUAACAUGGAUCUCUUCAAGAAAUGCAUGGAGCCUGUUCUUGAAUUGACAGAAGAAGAAGAAGAAGAAAGAAAUAGGAGAAGACAAUAA